AUGGCCCAAAUUUGCAACAAAAAGCCAGAGGAGUUACAGCCACACCCAGUGAAGGAGCAAUUGCCUGGAGUUCAAUAUUGCAUUAACAGUCCUCCUCCAUGGCCUGAGGCUGUAGUAUUGGGAUUCCAGCAUUACUUUCUGACCCUUGGCAUGACCGUCUUAAUUCCAACCAUACUUGUUCCUCAAAUGGGUGGAGGCCAUGCAGAGAAGGCGAGGGUGAUACAGAGCCUAUUAUUUGUUUCUGGACUAAGCACAAUUCUUCAAUCUUUGUUUGGAACCCGACUUCCAACUGUAGUUGUUGGUUCAUACACUUACUUGAUACCCACAGUUUCAAUUAUUCAGAACGGCAGAUAUAGUUCAUAUUCAGAUCCAUAUGAGAGGUUCACUCAAACAAUUCGAGGAAUACAAGGUGCCUUGAUAAUAAGUGCGUGCUUCCAGAUGAUCGUGGGAUUCAUGGACUUUUGGAGAAACGCUGUCCGGUUCUUGAGCCCACUUUCUGUUGUUCCCUAUGUAACAUUCACAGGACUCGGUCUAUGCAUUCUUGGUUUUCCAAUGUUGGCAAAAUGCGUUGAAAUUGGGCUUCCAGCGCUGAUUGUCAUGGUUUUUAUCUCACAGUAUCUUAAUCGUUACUUGGCUAUUGAGAGACCUAUAUUUGAUAGAUUUGCGGUGUUGUUUGCGGCUGCAAGUGUAUGGUUAUAUGCACAGCUUCUAACUUCGAGCACUGCAUAUAACCACAAGCCUGAAGUUAGGCAGAUUAGUUGCCGCACUGAUCGUGCUGGAAUUAUUACUGCAGCUCCAUGGAUAUAUAUUCCUUACCCCUUCCAAUGGGGAAGCCCUACUUUCAAUGCUGGAGAAGCUUUUGCUAUGAUGGCUGCUUCAUUUGUUUCUCUUUUUGAGUCAACUGGUUCCUUCUAUGCUGCAGCAAGAUAUGGAAGUGCCACCCCUGUGCCACCUUCGGUUAUUGGUCGUGGAGCAGGAUGGAUGGGAGUGAGCGUUUUGCUCAAUGGGAUGUUUGGUUCUGUAACUGGGAGUACAGCAUCGGUGGAAAAUGCUGGUUUAGUAGCUCUGACUAGGGUGGGGAGUCGAAGAGUCAUUCAAAUAUCUGCUGGCUUCAUGAUUUUCUUCUCUGUAUUUGGUAAAUUUGGAGCAGUUUUUGCUUCUAUACCUCUGCCAAUCAUGGCUGCAUUUUACUGUGUAUUCUUUGGCUAUGUCUCUUCUGCUGGUCUUGGUUUUCUCCAGUUCUGUAAUCUGAACAGUUUCCGAACCAAAUUCAUUUUGGGAUUGUCAUUCUUCCUGGGAAUGUCCAUACCGCAAUACUUCCGAGAAUAUUAUCAUGUAAAGCAUGAACAUGCGGGUUCUAGAUGGUUGAAUGAUAUAAUGAUGGUGAUCUUCAUGUCCCAUUCAACUGUGGCUGCCAUGGUUGGUUUCAUUCUGGAUAUCACGCUUUCCCGGGAAAAUGAUGCUGCCCGGAAAGACAGUGGCUUGCAGUGGUGGGAGAAGUUCAGCUUAUAUAAUGCCGACGUUAGGAAUAAUGAAUUCUACGCUCUACCAUGCAGACUUGAUGAGCUUUUUCCUGCGGUUUGAAUUUGAUCUACGUAGUUCUUUGUCUUUUUUUCCUUCUAAUAAUAAAAAAAAUUGUAGGCGAGUUGAGCACCAGGACCAAUUAUGUUAUCAAAACAAAAAGAAAUGAUGAGAAUAAGUGGGUGCUUGAAUGCUUUGGACC